AUGGCACGGCCAGUACUUCUUUUGAAGAACCCCAGUACUCCACUGGACCCUUACGACGAAGAGUUUAGGAGGCAUGGAUACCAUCCUGUGUUCAUCCCGCUUCUCCACCACUCUCACUGGGACCGAAAUGACACCAUUGGCUACUUGACCAGUAACGAGUUCUUAACCACGCCCACGUUCAUUAUCACCAGUAAACGGGGGGUGGAGAUGUUUGAUGACUGUCUCCUGGACGUGGACGAGGCUACCCGCUGCGAGAUCUUCGGCAAAACCGCCUACACCGUGGGCCCGGCUACCGCCGAUGAGCUCAGUCGCAUUGGCUUUACCAAUGUCAGAGGUGGGGAACAAGCGGGAAAUGGACGUAAGCUUGCGGAAAUCAUCUACCAAGAGCUUGGCCCCGGUAACCAUCGCAUGGUGUUUUUCACUGGUGAGAUUCGUAAAGACAUUCUUCCCAAGGCGCUUUUAAACUACGGCUUUGACCUUACUGAGAGAGUGAUCUACAAGACUGAAGACCGCGAUGAUAUCGAAGACCAAUUUACCCAGGCAUGGACUCAACACCGUGACCAGAACCCGUGGAUUGUGUUUUUUCUGCCUCAGGGGACUGAGUCAAUUGUCGCGACACUUACGGCGCCGCGACAGUCGGGAGAAGCGCCGGCAGCGGGGCAGGUGCCGGUGGCACUGAUCGGCCCCACCACUGAAGAAUACCUCAAAGACAACCACAUCACUCCCACGGUGGUGGCGGCGAAGCCCACCGCCAAACUGCUCGUGGACGCCAUUCUCUCCCUCGCUCAAUAG